AUGUGGGUUCAGUUGACUAUCGUUCUGACGGUGCUGUGCACUGUGUUUACGAAUGCGCUUCACGUGGCUCAUUCGGAUGUGAGCCGUGAACCGAAUGGUGCCAUUGUACACACACAAUGGAACAUGCUACAAGACGGGAAAGAGUGUCGCUCUCCCACUGAGACUGAACCCACUGAAACCAUCCCUACAAGAAUCGCAACCACUGAAUCCACCACACGCACAACAACGCGUCGAACCACUGCCGGGACUAGCGCCUGGACUAGAGCCGGGACUAGCGCCGGGACUGACGCCGGGAUUAGCGCCGGGACUGGCGCCGGGAUUAGCGCCGGGCCUAGCGCCGGGACUAGCGCCUGGACUAGCGCCGGGACUGGCGCCGGGUCUGGCGCCGGGACUAGCGCCGGGCCUAGGGCCGGGACUAGCGCACCGGAUGAAUGUAGGAAAGCACUUUCCACAGUCAGCGAGAUCAGAAUUUACCUCGAGAUUGCCAUUAACUCGCAAACCGAAUACAAGUUCAUGAAUGAGAAAGAUAUGCAAAUAUUAUCUGUCCUCAAGGAUUUCAAUGUCAGCAAAGUGUUGACUUACAAGAUCAUCACUCUCAUAGCUCCAGGUGUUUGUGAGGAAGUGGAAAUUUGCAAUGGCCCCCUAGUCUGCAGCACGGAGUACUGCGUUGUGAAGCAACCGAAACGGGUGACAUGUCCUGCGAUUCAUCCUUCAUGCCCCUUGGUGCGUUAGAUAUUCGCACAUCAUUCACC